CGCGAACACGAGACGGCGAGACCCGGACCGGCCCCGGCAGCGCAUCGGUGUUUCCUUCCCCCCCGAUGGAAGCCCACCUCGUCCGCCGCCGGUCGCGUCCACGUCCACGCCCACGGAAAAGGGCCCCGGUCUGGUGGAGGGUGCUCGCGGUGGCGAUGCUGGCCUCGGUCGUUCGCCGGCGGGUCCCCGGAAAAAGUGCGGCGGUCUUUUGGUGGACCGCAAACGGCCUGCCGGUGAGAACCGCAAGCAGAAGCAGAAGCGGGAGUCCCUCCUUCGGCCACCACCCCUGGCGACGGUUCGCCUCAAGGGGGCCGCCCCCGCCGGGUGCCCCCGUUCCGCUAGACCUUUCGAGUGGCGCUGGCCCCGGCGAUGCCUUUGGCGACGCGGUUGACGACGCCUUUGACAGCGGGUUCGACCCCAUGGAGGAGGCCUUUCGCUACGAGGGACCGGGGGCGGCUCCGGUCGGUUUCUCCGCGGCUUCCGCCUCGGUCCUGCUGGAGGGCCUGAACCCCUCCCAGGUCGAGGCAGUGACGCAGCCCCUGGUCGAUCCCGAGUUCCACGAGCCGGUCGUCACCAGGGUCAUCGCCGGCCCCGGGAGCGGCAAGACCAAGGUCCUGACGACGCGGAUCGCCCACCUCCUCCAAACGGACCCCACCGGAAAGAUCCUGGCGGUGACCUUUACGCGAAAGGCCGCGGGGGAGAUGCGGGAGCGCCUCGAAAAGCUCCUGGUCGAGCAGGAGGAGCACCACCACGCGGCCGGGUCCGGAGAGGCCGCCGACUGGGUCCCCGAGGAGGGGGGCAUCUUGCAGGAAACCGCGGGGCCCAUUGGCGGGGGGGCGGGGGCCGGGGAACCCUCGAGCCCCAGGGGCAUCGAGCGGGUGGAGCUGGGGACCUUUCACUCGAUCUGCGCCAAGGUCCUCCGGUACAAUGGGGAACUCCUGGGGGACCUCCCGUCGGUGCUCCGGGACAUGUCCAAGGCCAAGCCGGUCCUGGUGGAAAAGAUCCCGCAGGGCGGCGGGAGCGCCGAAACCGACGAUGGCGAUGACGAUAGCGGCGACGGCACCGAGGGGCCGGAAAUGGUCCUGGUGGAUCCGGAAAUCCGCCUCAACGGCCAGUACGCGAUCAUCGACCAAGGGGAGCAGGUCCGGGUCCUGAACGAGUGCCUCAAGGAACGGAAAAUCGACCUCAAGAACACCGAGCUGAAACCCAUCCAGAUCAUCUCCUCCAUCGGCAAGAUGAAGGAAAUAUUUGCGCAGGGCGGGAACCCCCUUGCCGACGGGAGCAAAGAGGAGGGCGGCCCGGGAAAGGCCGGGCCGGCCAUGCGGAUGGCCCGCAAGGUCUACUUUCCCUACCGGGAAAAACUCCUCUCGAACAACGUCCUGGACUUUGACGACCUCAUCCUCCUCACCAGGGAGCUCCUCAUGGAACACGAGGACCUCCGGACCCGCCUGCACCGGCGGUGGCCCCACGUCCUGGUCGACGAGUACCAGGACACAAGCAGGGUCCAGAUGGACCUCAUCAAGCUCCUCACCUCCUCCAGCCUCUUUGUGGUCGGCGACGCCGACCAGUCGAUCUACUCCUGGCGGGGGGCCCACGUAGGAAGCCUCCAGGAGGUCUCCACCGAGUUCCAGGCCUACGGGGUGGUCAAGACGGUCUUUCUCAAGGAAAACUACCGGUCGACCUCCAACAUCGUCCGGGCCGCCGAAAAGGUCAUUUCCUCGGGCAUUCCCUCGAAACCAAAGAGCGCCGUCUCCCUGGCCCUCGCGGAGGCCGGCAUCGACGAGGAGGAGGGCGAAAGCACAGCGAAGGAAGGCAGCCCCACCGACGAACUCCGGAGGGCCAUGAAGCCCAAGCGCGGGGCCGGUCCGACCCCCCGGGUGGUGGCCUGCGAGGACGAGCGCGGAGAGUCCACCUUUGUGGUCGACACCAUCCUCAACAUGACCGAGGCCGGGGACGUGCGCAGCGGAGACACCGUGGCCGUCAUCUACCGGACCAACGCCCAGUCGCGGUACCUCGAGGAGGCCUGCGUCCAGAAGAAUCUCCCCUACGUGAUCCGCGGCGGGGCCGGGGGCUUUUACAAGCGGGCCGAGAUCAGGGACUGCCUCUGCUUCCUGCGGUGGCUCCACAACGGGAACGACGAGGGUUCCAUGGUCCGGGCCAUGAAGACUCCCAGCAAGGGCAUCGGAGAGAAGGGAUUCGGGGAGUUUAAGGAGUACUGCGGACUGGUGGAAUCCUACUUUCGGCAGCACCACCCGGGCGAGGACAAGCCGACCUACCUGGACCUCCUGGUCUCCAUGACCAACGGCGGGAGGAACGCCACAAGGGAGGACAUCGAUCUCCCGGACGGAACACCGAUGGCUUCGGACCACGUCUCGAAGCGCGCCAUGAACAGCUUUGUCCGGUUUUCCGCCCAGAUGAGGGAGAUCCGGGCGGCGGCCCGGACCAAGGACGUCGGCGAGCUCCUCCUCUUUGUCAUCGAGGAACUCGGCCUGAUCGACCACUUUGACGCGAUUUCCAAGUCGAGCUUUGAGUUCCUGGAGCGCAAGGAAAACGUCCAGGAGCUCCGGAACGCGGCCAAAAAAUACGCGUCCUACGGGCCGGCCCUGGGCAGCGGCGAGCCCACCGGUGCCAAUGGCGACGACGACGACGACGACGAGGUCCUCGGCGACGGGUCGGGCCUGUCGACCUUUCUGGACGACGUCGCCCUGGUCAGCGACACCGCCGAGGCCAGCGAGACCGAGGACGACAAGCUGGUCGUCAACCUGAUGACGAUCCACGCCUCCAAGGGAACCGAGUUCGACUGCGUCUUUGUCGUCGGCCUCGAGGAGGGGACCCUCCCGUGCAACCCCGCCCUCCAGGAGGGGGACGGGUCCGUCCAGCUGGAGGAAGAAAAACGCCUGUGCUACGUGGCCAUGACCCGGGCCAAGACGAGACUCGUCCUGACCUGGCGGAAGGAGGUCACGGGCUUUUUCAACUGGUCCAAUUCGGGCUCCAAGACCAAAACCAAGAAGCGGAGCCGCUUCCUGGACGCCAUCGUUUCCAAGAAAUCCAGGGCCCGGGGCAAGGCAAAGGCGGGCAGGGGCACCGGCGGUGCCCGCGGCCCCUCCGGCCGCUACGGAAGGAUCAACCGGACCGGGCUGGGGGGGCCCUCAUCGGCGGGGGGGAGAAAGGCCCCCUUCUCGGGCCGGGGAACGCCCCCACCGAAGCAGAGGCAGCCGCGCUCGGCCCCCGGCCGGGGGACGCGGCCCGCAAGGCCCGGGGAGCCCCCCUACGACCGACCGAGUGCCGACCGGGUCGAGGCCCUGAGGUCGACGCUGGGGCCGUCCCCCCUCCCGCGCAAGGCCCCGCCGAAGGCAUCACGGCCGACUCCCACCCGAAAGACGGCAGCGAGGAAGCCACGGGCGGGGGCCGCUCCGCCCGGGCCCCCGAGCAGAAGCGUGCGCAGUGGCAACCGCGACGACACCGGCAUCGAUCCGACGUGGUUCUUCCCCGUCGGCAUCAAGGUGGUCCACGUGAGCCUCGGAAAGGGCACCGUCCUGGAGCCCCCACCCUUUUCCAGGAUCGAGGACGCCAAGGUCCGGGUCCGGUUCGACAGCGGAAAGACGCUCGAGUUUCCGGCCCUGGGGACCGACAUCCUCCCGGACAUGGGGGGCUUCUAGGGCGGGGGAACGCAAGAUGCAACCGAAACA